AUGACCAAGAAAGAUUUUAGAUCGUCAACAGAUGCAUCAAGCUCACAGUGCAUAUCGGAUCUCAGGCAGCGGCUCCUGCGAGCAGCCAUCGCGAGGCAACCGCACAUCCUUGCUACUAUCGACAAUCAACAAAUUAAGGACCUAAUACUGCAAGUGGUAGCUGGUGACGAGCCAUCAAUGCUCAAUUUUGAUCAGAUCCAAGCAAUCAAUGAAUGGCUGGAGCAGCUGGAUGAUAAUCACAACGACAGGAAAAGGUUCAUUCUUUUUUUGCUCUUCAUUCCACUUUUCAUUGCCAAAAUUACAGAGAUCGCCUGA